AUGGACGAUCCCGGAUUGAUAUUCUUUGAGCAGACAAAGUUUGCUCUAAACAUGAUCUCCAUUAUCGGCCUAGGUCUUGUCAAAUCGUCGAUUUUGGUGUUAUACAAGAACAUCUUUGACGUACGAAAGUUUCGCAUCGUCGUAUACUGCGUUCUUGCCUGUGUCGAAACCGUGCCAAUGUUUUUGGCCCUACUUUACACAGGUGUCUUCGCAGACAUUGUCAUCCUUAUCCUCCCUAUCCCGAUGGUUUUGAGCGUCAGAAUGGAGGCCAAGAAGAAGCUAGCUGUAAUCGUAAUGCUCUCACUUGGAGCUGCGGUAUGUGCUGUCAGCAUCACACGGGUUGUGGCGACUUACUCGAUCGCCGGCGAAUACCUCAAGCAUCCCGACGACGUCAUUUAUUACACAGCACCUGUGUUCUUUUGGACCAACAUUGAACUAUCUUUGGGUGUUGUUUGCGCCUGUUUGCCCACGCUCCGGCCCAUUUGGUUUUACUUCUACCCUCGCGAAGCAACACAAACUGGUUCGAGCUACGGAUACGGAUCAUCAGGUCACGGCUUUGGCUCAUCCGCGCUGAACGGCACCACGAAAAGUACAACGUUUGGCGGCAAGCUGGUACGCAAGCCGUACCAGGAGAUUGACGAGAUCGAGCUGACGGCGCGGUCUGAAGCUCCUUCUACGCCUCCCGAAGACGCCUCAACGCUAGGCAAGCGCGGUAUCACGAAGGAAAUCACGAUUCACCAGACGUUGGGAUGA